CAUCUCAAAGAGAGAUCAACCAACGGCAAAUUUUCUUCUCUUCAGCCAACAAUGGGGACACCAAUGCACACCUCCUCCUCUUCUUCGGAUCCUUCGUUCCAACUGAAAAUACCCUCGUAUCCUUUCUUUGGUCAAGCCUCUAACACCUCUUUCGAAGUGGACGAUCCAGACAGACUCUACGACAUUUCUCCCUUCGUACGUGUAUACAAAUGUGGUAGAGUUGAGAGAUUUUUUGGAACUGAAAGAGUUUCAGCAUCCUUGGAUCCAACCACUGGUGUCGAAUCGAAAGAUAUUGAGAUUCAGCCUGAUUUGACUGUCUCUGUUCGAAUUUUCACGCCUCCUAGACACAUCAACUAUUUCAAUCGCAGACGUCCUCUUUUGAUCUACAUCCAUGGUGGUGGGUUUGUCACGGAAUCUGCCUUCUCGCCAACAUACCAGAGGUUUUUGAACGAACUUGUAGCCGAAUCUAAGGUAGUCGCAGUGUCAAUUGAGUACAGAUUGGCUCCGGAAAACCUACUCCCAAUUGCUUAUGAAGACUCAUGGCUUGCACUCAAUUGGGUUGCUUCUCACUUUGAGGGUAAUGGGGAUGAGAUUUGGCUUAACGAGAAUGUUGAUUUUGAAAGUGUCUAUUUGGGUGGAGAUAGUGCUGGUGCCAACAUUGUGCACAAUAUGGCUAUGCGGGUCGGGUUGGAAAGUGAUAAAUUCCCCAUAAAACUCAGUGGUGCUUUCCUAAACUGUCCACAUUUCUUGGGGAAGGAUCCAAUUGGGAGUGAAGCUGAAGACGAUAAAAUGAAAAAUAUAUAUCAAAGACUUUGGCUUCAUAUGUAUCCGGACAGUGAAGGAUUGGAUGACCCGUCGGUUAACCCGGCUAUGGAUCCAAGACUUUCAAGCCUUGGUUGCAAAAGGAUGUUGAUUUUUGUUGCUGAGUUAGAUUCGUUGAGAGAUAGAGGAUAUUUUUAUCAGAAAUCAUUGUCACAGAGUAAUUGGAUGGGCGAUGCAGUUAUUGAAGAGAAUGAGGGGGAAGGCCACGUUUUCAAUUUGAUUUGUCCCGAAAACCCCAAGGCUAUUGAGAUGAUGAAAAAAAUUGCUGCUUUCCUCCAGACGAACAGAACUCUUUAAAUCAAGGUUUAUAAUUAUGUGCCUGACUGCUAUGGGCUACCUAAAUAAUCUUUAUUUGAAAAAUACUACAUGUACAUUUCAAGGGCACGUAGCCUAGACUAUUAUGGCUACAUAAAUAAUUUUUAUUUGAACGAUGCUAUAUGUACAGGGACACGUCGGUCCUGUACGUGCAGCACUUUUGUUUUUAUCUUUAUGUAAAAUAGUGUUGGCACUAUGUGUUAUUAAACUCUUG